AGGUGGCCGGAUGUGGUCCUCUCCGUUGCUGCCGUCUCGUGCCGCCGCUCCCCCGGUUGGUCAGCUGACCGUCGGCAGGUCUGCUGACUGUCAAACCCCUGAAGCUCGCACCGUGACCCGGACACCAGCAUCACCAGGCCGAGCCCGGUCUCUGUGUCCCCGUUACCGGAACCCCUGACCCGGAUCGGUUCCUGACCCGCCCCGCUGUCAGCCGGAGGCCCCAAACCAAGCCGAGCUCGUCGCACUCGGAGCCGGACCCUCUCCCUCUGCUCCCCCUGUCGGUGCCGCUCCGAGGCCGGUCAGCUGGCCGAGUCUACACCGGGCCUGUGUGACCCCCAGCCGGCCUCAGCCCCGGCGGUGCCCGCUGACCGCCAUGGCCCUGCUGGACCUCGCCAUGCAGGGACUCGCCGUGUUCGGCUUCAUCCUGUUCUUCGUCCUGUGGCUCAUGCACUUCAUGUCCAUCAUUUACGUGCGUCUCCACCUCCAUAAGAAGAGAUCAGAGGUCAAACAGUCCUUUGUGCAGCUGGUGGGAGUUUCUCUGCUGAAGCCGCUGAAGGGCGUCGACCCGAACCUGAUCUCCAACCUGGAGACGUUUUUUACACUGGAUUACCCCAAGUACGAGAUCCUGCUCUGCGUCCAGGAUCAGGACGAUCCAGCUGUCGAUGUCUGUAAGAAGCUGCUGGGCAAAUAUCCGAACGUAGACGCUCGAUUAUUCAUUGGGGGGAAGAAAGUUGGAAUCAACCCCAAGAUCAACAACCUGAUGCCAGGCUACGAAGGAGCUAAAUACGGCCUGGUGUGGAUCUGUGACAGUGGCAUCAGAGUGAAACCCGACACCCUGACAGAUUUAACCAAUCAGAUGACAGAGAAGGUGGGAUUGGUCCAUGGGUUGCCGUAUGUUGCCGACCGUCAAGGCUUCGCUGCCACACUGGAGCAGGUGUACUUCGGGACGUCCCACCCCCGCUCCUACAUCUCGGCCAACGUGACGGGGAUAAAGUGUGUGACAGGAAUGUCGUGUCUGAUGAGGAAGGACGUGUUGGAUCAGGCCGGAGGGCUGGUCGCCUUCGCUCAGUACAUCGCUGAAGAUUACUUCAUGGCUAAAGCCAUCGCUGACAGAGGCUGGAAGUUCUCCAUGGCAACACAGGUGGCGCUGCAGAAUUCUGGGUCGUACUCCAUCGGACAGUUUCAGUCCCGCAUGAUCAGGUGGACCAAGCUGAGGAUCAACAUGCUUCCUGGCACAGUGCUGGAGCCCGUCUCUGAGUGCUUCCUGGCCAGCCUCAUCAUUGGCUGGGCCGCUCAUCACGUGUUCAGGUGGGACAUGAUGGUGUUCUUCAUGUGUCACUGUCUGGCCUGGUUCAUUUCUGACUACAUCCAACUCACCGGAGUUCAGGGCGGGGCUCUGUGCUUCUCGAAGCUGGACUUCGCCGUGGCCUGGUUCAUCAGGGAGUCGAUGGCGGUUCAGAUCUUCCUGUCGGCGCUGUGGGACCCGACCAUCAGCUGGAGGACGGGUCGGUACCGGCUGCGCUGCGGCGGCACCGCCGAGGAGAUCCUUGACGUGUAGUCACCACAGCAACAGGCCACACCUUCACACACCCCCCCACCCUCAGCAGGGAGGAGGAGGAAGAGACUGAUGUUUGUGUUUUUUAUGAGAAGAAACUGAAGUGUGUGUGUGUGUGUGUGUGUGUGUGUGUGUGUGUGUGUGUUUUUAACUAUUUAUGUUCCUUUUGGUGCUAAAAUUAAAUGACGCCAGAACAAGCCAAUGAGAGCGCAGGAAGGAGGAAAAACAAAAAAACAUAAAGAAGAAAAAAAAGUGACGCUUCGCACUGAUUCUGAUCUCUGAUUGGACGAGGAGAGGAAACCAUCAGCCAAUGAAGAGAGAGGAGGUGAAAUACUCUCUCCUGAUUGGCUGAUUUUUCUGUUCUUACUUUGUCAGCUUCAACAAGUUUUUUUUUUUUUUUUUUUUUUUAUGGAGGCAAAUAACAACCAGAAUAAUUUGAACAGAGUGAAAAACAAUCAGGAAGAGUUUGUUCUGUCAAAGUAUUUUACUUUGAAAUCCAUCUGUCUGCAACACGGUCAGAAAGUCAGGUUCAGAUAAAACACUGAAAUACGUUUCCAUCCACUGGCUUUGAUUCACGUGAUGAUGUUAACGACCUCCUCUUCUUCUGUGGUGGUUUAAUGGCAGCAGAUCAGCUUGCCCAGUUCAUCAGCUUCAUUUAGAAACUGUUGAAACUCUUUUUCUUUUCAGAAUAAAGUCGUUAACGUUCACACACUAAAUUUAAUCAGCACAAUUUGAUCCAAAGUGAAAUUUCACCGAUUUUUCAGAACCUGAAAAAUCCUGAUGAAAAUCAGGUCUGAAUCCAAACAGAUGAUUUUCAAAUUAAAAGUCAAAUUCCAGCAGGUCUUCAGUUUCCUCUCAGUCUCUGAUUAUUACAGAUGUUAUUUGCUUCCAUGGUUUUAAGUAGUUUUUGCUAAAAAAGAAAAAAUACGGCAUAAUUUUGCAUUAAUUGGUUUUUGGUCAAAAAACCAAAAACAAGCUGAAAAUCUGUGAAGUGGAGAAAAAAACCUGAGCUGGUUUGACCUGGUUCUGAAGGUUGUCACAACCCGGCUCAGAAGCCAUGACAAGAGGAGGGAAGACCACACAUAAGUUCUAACUAAAACACAUUUAUUUAACAUAAUUGAAAAGGAAACUAACAUUAAGACAAACAGAAUACAACCAAAACCAAACAGAGUGGAAAAAACCAGAGGGCAGAGAGACUGGCCAAUUUAUAUAGUGCAGCCAGACCAGGUGAGCUGAAUCUGCCUGACGACCAAACUCCGCCCAAGAGUCUCAGGAGGAAUUACUGACAGGGUCGUCACAAGGUUCAGUCCGGCUGUGGUAGACUCUGCAGAAUUCAGGUCCGAGUCCUGAGUUCAGUUCCUCCAGCUCUUUGGUCUAAAACGUGAAAAGCAGCUUCAGGUUUUUCUGUUUGAGUUUCUGUUUAAUUCAGUGUCAAUGUGAAAAAUGUUGAUUUGUGCAGCUUUAAGGUUAAAAAACUAAUGUGAAAACAAUCAGCCAAUGAGAAGAGAGAGACACUGACCAAUGUCUCUGUUCAGCUGAUUUUGUCUUGGAAAAAACAAACGCCAUUUUACAGAAAAACACGUCAUUCACUAAAGAUUAAAAAAUACCUUUGUUUUUGUAAAAUACAAAACCGGUCUCAUCAAAGAAAAAAAGAAAUUUAUCACCAAAAAACAAACUAAACAAACAAAGAAUUGCAAGAUCUUGAUCAUGGUAAAAUAUCUCGUACUUAUAAUUAACUGUUAUUUAGAUUGUUAUUUAGUUUUUACAAAAUUUGCAUAAUUACUAAAAAAAGACGUCAUAGUGACAAAUUUGUUACAGAAUCGUUAUUGUGUUCAUUAAAAAGGUCUUAUAAUUACGUGAUCUUUAUUUCAUCCAUAUUGUUACUGGAUUAUUACAGUGAUUAUAAAAAGAAUGUUGCGACGUCUUUAUUUCAUAAUUACAAAAUCAGUUUCUCCUAAUAUCUCCUAACUGAUGAAAACGAUAUUUCUUCUUUAGUGAACGACGUCUGUAGCUUCUGACGUCAAAGUGAAUAAAAACAAAACAUCGUAAACAGCACAGAAAACAAGCAGUGAGAAAAAAAAACUGACCAAUGAGAUCAGAGAAUCUUUGUUGAUUCAAGAAUCAAAUUAGUUUUUAUAGUUUUUGUUUUUUUGUUUUUCGGGGGGGUUCAAUUUUCACCCCUCCCCCGACAAAAAAAAAAAAAAAGACAUAAACAGGAUCCAGCACUGAAUGAAUUAUUCCAGUAUUCUGACGUUUAAUGGUCACGACAUUUCAUGUGAUUCACAAACAUCGGACCAAAACUAAAACCUGUCGUCUGUUUAAGAAAAAAAGGAGAAAAUUCACAUUUUUGAAAGUUUUUGUUUCGCAGUUUGAGUCAAACACUGUACUGUGUGUGUGUGUGUGUGUGUGUGUGUGUGGACGAUCGCGAGUGUUUUCUAAGCCGUGUUGUUUCACUGUUAGCCGUUAGCUGUUAGCGUAGCCACAGGCGGUUUGGUUGAUGACGUCAGCUGAGUCGGACGAACCCCUGACGCCGUCAUCCAAUAGGAUCAGUAGGAUUCUUAUUUGUUAAUUGUUGUUGUUUUUUUAAAGUGACAGUCCCGUGGCCUGCGGAGCGACCAGACCACAGCCAAGGACUGUGUCAACACAGGAACAAUAAAGUUUUAUCCUUUCAAAAAUUUA